ACACCUCAUCGUCCACUCCAAGAACACCAAACCAUACGGAAUCAAUCAAGAAUGACGAACGACGAUCUCUACGCCAAACUCCCCCAAGAUGUCAUCUUCCAAAUCCUCCUCAAACUCCCCACACACUCCCUCCUUCAACUCAGGUCUGUUUCUAAAUCAUUUGUUCCUUUAAUCUCCCAUCCCCACUUCCUCAGACUCCACCUCUCCUCUUCCGCCGCCCCCCACCCCUUCCACCACCUUCUCUACUAUGAAUCCAGCGAUUACACCAAGAGUUACUUCUCUUUUCAUGUUGAAAAGACCUUUUCUUUGUGUACACUUCUUGAAACUCCAUUCAAGAGUGUUAACGGUUACCUGAGACUUGUGGGUUGUUGCAGAGGAGUGGUGUGUUUGUUUGAUACCAAUUACUUUACUUUUGUUGGAACUGUGAUUCUAUGGAACCCCUUUAUUGGCAAGUUCAAGAUUCUUCCUUGUCUGCAAGGGUUAAACUGUUUUGGGAGCAAUUUCUCACAUAUGGCUGUUGGGUUUGGGUUUGAUCAUCGGGCUGUUGAUUUCAAGGUUGUAAAAAUUUUAUAUGAUUGUGAUAGUGAGCGUAAGUUUCUGCCAAAGGCUUUCAUUUAUGGUAUAAAAACUGGCUCUUGGAGGAGUAUUGGUGAGGUUGUUCCUUGUUUCAUGCCCAGGAAUUGGUCAAGCAGUGUGUUGGUGAAUGGGAUUGUGCAUUGGUUGGCAUAUAAGCGGCCGGAAUUCAAUGGUCCUCCUAAUUGCAUUAUGGGGUUUGAUGUAGUUGAUGAGGUUUUUAAGUUGAUGGAGUUACCUCAGAAUCUUGGGCCGAAUUGUAAUGAAUUGCGGUUGUCUCCUUCGGUUGAUAAGAAGUCAGUGGCUCUGUUUGUUAAUAAUCGCGAGAAUGUGGGUGAUACAUGGAAUGUUUGGUUGAUGAAUGAUUAUGGAAAAGUAGAAUCUUGGACAAGAAAAUGUACGGUUGUGUUGGAUCAGGUUUUCUUUCCCUUGAAGCUUGUAAGUGAUGGAGAAAUUUUAGCUGCAAUAAGUGAUGAGAAAUUGGUUUUGUUUGAUGUUGGGAAGGAGGAAAUCAAGGAUCUUGAAGUUUGUGGUCUGCCGCUGUCCUUCAGUGCAGCUAGCUACAUGCCAAGCUUGGCAUUGCUUGAUGCUGGUGAGCAACUCGUGAAGUAAGAUUCUUGACGAGAAAACUGUUUGAAGAAAGAUUUUCAUUAUGUCUGGGAGCUUAGUUUUAUCUUGUAAUAUACUGUAGUUGCAUAACGAAUUUGAUGAUUACAUAGUGUGAUAUCUAGUGAAAAAUAUACAAGCUUGUGAUUACCUAAUUCUUGCAAAGCACUUGAAAACAUAUUUAUGGUUGUUUACAUAAUAUUUGUGUUGUUCUGUUAGUACCGUAGCUGUGUGCAGCUGAAGCUUCCUGGAGUAAGCUUUUAGUGUCCUUGUGUUUACAUGUUAUGAAAUUUCAUGAUGAAAGAUUCAUGUUUCAUCGUACUUAUAUAAAUGAGCUAUUGUCGUGGUUCA